AUGAAAACACUCAAUAUGAAUCUAGUCAUCAAAUAUUUAUUGUUAACGCUGGCACUGACUUCUGUACAAAUAUCGUACACAGAGAGUCGGCUUAGUGAAAAACGUAGAGACAAAACUGAUAGACGACAUCAUUCUGUAAAGGUUAUGGAUAAUUUGUGCGAAAUCGCAAAUAGAGAAUCUAAAGUACAUUGUUACUGUGAAAGUACUGAAGUCAAUACCGCCACGAGAGCUGAUUGCUGGGUAUUCAAUGGUGGCAUUAAUGAAAGUGAUCCAAUAUGGGCUAGCUUUAAUUCUCAACAGAAUUUGGAGAGACUCACUUUUAACGUGAGAUCGGAUGGAGCUCUGACAUUCAUUCCUUUACUAGUGAUUCAACGACUUAAGAGAUUGCAAAAAUUAUAUAUACACUAUGCAACACUUAAUAAAAUAGAAAAAAGAACUUUUACAAAUAUGACGACUGUAAAGGAAAUAACCUUAACGAACAACAAAAUUACAGAACUAGACUUUUAUUCUUUCACAGCACUUCCGUCACUUGUAAAUUUGACAAUAAAGGAAAAUAAAAUAACCGAGGUGCAAAGAGAUGUUUUUGUUGACUUACCAAGUUUAAGAUAUCUAGAUUUGUCAUUCAAUAAUAUUAACCUCGCCCAUGAUGGCUGUUUUGAGCAUCUGUCAGUACUCAAUGAUCUACAAUUGGAGGCUAAUUUGAUUGCUGUUCUCACCAGAGAUACUUUCCGCGGACUUGCCAAUUUGACAAGAUUGGAUUUAAGGUCGAACAAGCUUUCAAUGAUCGGUGAUUUGACAUUCACAGAAUUGUGGAAUUUAAAUGAACUCCUCUUAGAUAACAAUGAAUUGAAAUAUCUAUCUGAAAGAGCAUUUGACGGGCUCGCUUUACUUGAGAAAUUGUCUAUGACCGGUAAUCAAUUGCAAUCUAUCAAUGAAGGUCUAUUGGAAGGUGUUAGAGGUCUUAAAUUAUUGGAUUUAAGAAAUAAUCAACUGGAAACUUUGUCUUUAGAUACAGUAAAACCAAUUAUAGAAAAUUUAAAGGAUAAAAUGUCAGUCCUGUACCUGAGUGGUAACAAAUUUAACUGUGACUGUCGGCUGAGUUGGAUUCAGUCUCUUCAAAAUGAAACUAGAAGUGAACCUGUUAGAUUAGCUUUAAGAGGAGUUACUUGCACUUUUGCUAAACAAGCUAAUUUGCAUCAUCAAUUGAAACUGAAUACAAAUGACGACACAUUAGAUAAAGUUGAAGAUGUGUUUGAAGUCGCUACAAGCAGUGACCUGUUGCAACAAAAUUACGAAGAGUCUUACGAGGAUAAUCCGUUAUAUAAGUUUGAUAGAACAGAAAAACCAGUUACGGAUGAAUUGGUGUUAGUGGACAUAUCUGUUGAAUCCUUACCCUGUCCCGGUGAAACACUGCUUAAAAGUGAAGAUUCGCUGAUGUUGUCGGCCAAAGAUGAAAGUUAUUGGCUACAAAGUUCAAGUACAAGAAACAAUUUAAAUCAUGCUAUAGGAUUGGCUUUGAUCGUAAUAUCAAAAUUUUACUUAAAUUUUUAA